GGUGAUUGGCUGUGGGUGCGGCCGUGGAGAGGACACGUCUCUGACAGACAGUGCAGGCUGUGCCGCUGCAGGAGGAGGAGGGUACACGGUAGCAGCAGGGUCUCUGUCUCUCUGCAGUGUUACCUCGUCUGUCUCCCCGGCGUAGACCCGCGCUCACAAUGCCUUUACAAUUUGAGCUAUGUCCCGGGCGGAUGGUGGGUGGCGAGCACCCGUGUUUCAUCAUAGCAGAGAUUGGGCAGAAUCACCAGGGCGAUCUGGAGAUCGCCAAGAAGAUGAUUCGCAUGGUUAAGGAAUGUGGUGCAGAUUGUGCAAAGCUCCAGAAGAGCGAGUUAGAGCACAAAUUCAACAAAAAAGCAUUAGAAAGGCCAUACACCUCGCCACAUUCUUGGGGUAAGACGUACGGGGAGCACAAGCGCCACCUGGAGUUCAAUCAUGACCAGUAUCGGGAGUUGCAGAAGUAUGCAAAGGAAGUAGGCAUUUACUUUACAGCCUCUGGAAUGGAUGAGAUGGCAGUAGAGUUUCUGCAUGAGAUUGCCGUUCCUUUCUUCAAAGUCGGAUCAGGCGACACUAAUAAUCUGCCUUAUUUAAAAAAGACCGCCCAGAAAGGUCGACCAAUGGUAAUUUCAAGUGGUAUGCAGUCCAUGGAUACAAUGCGUCGGGUUUAUGAGCUUGUAAAACCAAUUAAUCCAAACUUCUGUAUUCUCCAGUGUACUAGUGCAUAUCCCCUUCCUCCAGAAGAUGUCAAUCUGCGUAUAAUACAGGAAUACCAAACUGCCUUUCCAGACAUCCCAAUUGGCUACUCCGGCCAUGAAACUGGCAUUGCGAUUACAGUUGCAGCUGUAGCAAUUGGUGCCAAAGUGGUUGAGCGUCAUGUAACACUAGAUAAAACUUGGAAAGGAAGUGACCAUCAGGCUUCAUUAGAGCCAAGUGAGCUAGCUGAGUUAGUGAGGUCUAUCCGACUGGUGGAGAAGGCGAUGGGCUCUACAGUAAAACGUCUCUUGCCUUGUGAAAUGGCUUGUCAUACCAAGCUUGGUAAAUCUGUGGUGGCAAAAACUAAGAUUCCUGCGGGCACUGUUAUCUCGCUCAACAUGUUGACCGUGAAGGUGGCGGAGCCACAUGGCUUUCCCCCUGAGGAGAUUUUUGACCUUGAAGGAAAGACGGUUAAGAGAGAUAUAGCAGAGGAUGAGUCCGUCACAGAAGAAGCCAUAGAGAACUACAACACAAGAACUAAGUGUUAAUAGAAUUGAAAGUUUGAGCACUAUCUAAAAGGCGUUGUCUGGUUGCCUUUUACCUUACCAGUACACGUUAUAUGUAGAAGUCAGUUGCACAGGUUGUUGGAUCCUUUUUGUAACCAACCUUUCGGUGGCAUGCCAGAUGGUGUUGCUGUACUAGAUCUGUUAAGUCUAAAUGGCGGAAAGUGCUGUCCGUUGUAAGGCUGUGAAACUGCAUGGCAAUCACUGUUUUGUAAGCAGAUUAUCUUUGGAAAUUAGAAAAUCACAACAUGUUGUGGAUGAUUGUUAUAGUAGUUUAAUUAUAUACAUGCAUAAAGAAAAUAUAUUUAAAAAAAAAAAUCGGUGAUUGCUUUGCUAUGUACUUAUUUGCUUCCUAGAGAUAUAAUUUGACACCCCCGGUGUUGUAAGGCUAUGUGUAGCCUAUUGUUUGUGAGAGAUUACAGGAUCUCUCAUUCAUGUAAUGCUUGCAGAAAAUCAUUGAUGAUAAUUUUAAUGCAUGAACUUAAAUCUAAUUUGCACCUUAACAUCAUUUGAAUUCAGUCAUAAGUUUCACAGCAUGUUUACUGGGAUAUCUUUUUUGCUGGUUUAUUUCAUAGCAUGCUCACAUGUCAUGCAUCAACAUUUGCAACCACACUUACUGAGAGAUUAAUAUGCCUUUUAAUACCGGGAAAUUUUGAAUGCACGAUUCACCAUCCCAGGGAAAUGUCAAGAAUAAAAAAAUAAAAUUUCUUUUUUUCUGAAUGCUCUAGGAAGACUUUACUGAAUGCUAUGUAACCGUUCAAAUGCCACAUUUUCAAUUUGUUACCAGUUUCUUGCACUUUGUAAAGAGGAAACAUUUUCUGAAUAAACCAUCCUUUGUGAGAAGGAAUUUGUCAAAA